AUAUGGCAGGAUGAAUUUUCUUGUGUUCCUUGAUGAUUGUUUCUUGUUGGUGUUGUGACUCGACUUUAAACACUUCUGAUGAAAUUGUGAGGAUGUCCAUUAUUUUUGAAGACGGUAGGUGGGUAUUUGUCGUGGAUUCUCUCUCCUCAACACUAGAGUGCUGCAGUUUGUUUCAACUCUUUUAAACAAUGUCUACAGACAGUUUCUUUUGUAGGUGAUUGGGUCAUUGCUAAUGUAGCUGAGUAUUUAGUCUAUGCGCGUUGAUUUUCUAUAUAGUUGUAUUUCUAAAUUUCCUGUGUUAGUUCUCCUGAAGAUGUUUUCCAGCAGGACGACGAAAGCUCCACGAUUAAAACAACCGCCUCAGAGAACACAACUAGUUGCAAAUCAUCCACGUGAGCUACAAAUAUUCUCUAUUAUUUCCAAACGCUGAUCGUAUUCUCAGUGGGUUUUCUGCCCAAUGGAUCAUCAUAAUCUCCGGGGUAAUAAUUCUACAGCCAUGAGAAGGAUGGUCUGCGUUUAAUGAGUUAUGAAUCCAGUGCAGAAUGGCAAUUGAAAUCUGACAGUAUUGUAACCGAUAACAAUAGAAUAUGGAAAGGAUAUGACGAUUUCAAUCGAAGCCUCAAUAUACAAACAAAUGAAAUUUAUACAAAGAUGGAUGACAAGCCUUCUACACAAACAAGAAGCAUUUUGACAAAUCGUAACAUUCAAAACAACAGUUACAAUAUUCCAGGAAGAAUGUUAAAAUCCUUCAAUUAUGAAUAAUAAAAAAACG